CGUUUCCCGCGGAAGCCCCUCCCUGUUAGCUGCUAGCUCCGAAGCCGGACGGCAGGAGGAGAAACCGGGAAACGGAGGAGAAAAACACCGAAAAGAGGGUGACAUGAGUCCAGAGGCGGGUCGCAGAGAACCGCGGUGACCAUUUAGCCACUUGACCGCCGGAAAAAAAAGGUUUCAGCCGACCAUGCAAUUACCCGCCUGUCAUCAGGACCACUGUUAGAGACAGGCACACUGUUUCAAAAUGGGCUUCGGUCGGGAUCUCACCAAUUCCCACGAGGGGCUGCUGAAGCUGCAGGACUGGGAGAUAAAGCUGCUGGAGACAGUAAAGCGCUUCAUGACGCUGCGGGUGAAAAGCGAUAAAGAAUAUGCUGCCUUGCUGCUCAGCAUGACUCAGCAAACAGAGAAACAGGAAGCUGCUGACUAUGUCAGCACAGUCAGCAAGUCGUGGUCUCAGGUGAUCCAUCAGACGGAGGUGUUGGGUCGCAUCAUGAAAAGUCAUGCCGAUGAUCUGAACUCUGGUCCGCUUCACCGCCUUGCCACACUCAUCCGAGACAAGCAACAGGUGAAGAAAAGCUACCAGGGUCUUCAUCAGCAGCUGGAGACCCUCAACCACAAGGUAACCAAAAGUGAGCUUGAGAAGCUGAAGACUACAUAUCGUCAGCUGAGCCGUGAUGCCAACAACGCCAAAGAAAAGUACCGUGAGGCUCUGGCCAAAGGCCGUGAGGCUGAGCGUGCUCGGGACCGUUACGACAAAGCUACAGCGAAGCUUCACAACGUUCAUAAUCAGUAUGUGUUGGCAGUGUGCGGUGCCCGAAUGCAUCAGGAUGAACAUCGACGUCACGCAGUACCGGCGCUGCUUGACGCGCUGCAGAGGAUACAGGAGGACAUGAUACUGGCGCUUAAAAGUAUCGUGGAGGAGUAUUGUGAGAUCAGCAGCCUGCUGACAGAGGAGGUAGUUUUAGUCCAUCAAGAGAUUUCAGCGGCGGUUCAGCAGAUCGACCCGCUUACAGAGUACCAACACUUUAUUGAUGCUUACAGGACUCCAGAGAUGCCAGAGGCAAACGUGGAUUUUGAUGCAUCCCUCUUGGAGGACACGGACAACAUCCCAGCUAAUGAGAUCAUGUGGAACACCCUAACGGCUGAAAGCCUUCAGGCCACGUUGUCGUCGACCACAGUAGAGCUGGCACUGACUCAGCAGAACCUGAAGUUAAAGGAAGACUUAGCUGAUGACCUGGAGUCCAGAAUCCAGACGGGUCAGCAGAGUGUGGAGAAGAGGAGCGACUGUGUCCUGCUGCUCCGUCAAAAACUGUCCCUUCUCGAGCUUCGUCAUACUGUCCAAUCACUGCGCAGCUCUGAGGCUCGCCUUUUAUCUCAGAAGGCUCUGCUGGAUGCUAAGAUGGCUGCGGCAGUAGCUUCUCCACCACCGCCAGCUUUCCAGGCACUUCAAUAUGAGGACGACACCCGAUCCAUUGGAUCGGCUGACAAGACAAAAGAGAAGACCUCUCGAUUUGAUACCCUGCGUCACUCUCUGGCUGGAAUGAUCCGAGCUCCUAAAGCCAUGGUGGGCUCAUCUACUUCGCAGUUUUUUGAGGUCAUUCCUACAUCAGAACGCCCCCUUGCGGAGCAGGAGUGGUACCACGGUGCCAUUCCCCGCACUGAGGCUCAGGAGUUACUACGGCAACAAGGAGACUUCCUGGUCAGGGAGAGUCACGGUAAACCGGGCGAGUACGUCCUGUCAGUGUUUUCUGACGACCAGAGACGGCACUUUAUCAUCCAAUAUGCCGAUAAUCAGUUCCGUUUUGAGGGGACAGGCUUCUCGACCAUCCCUCAGCUUAUUGAGCAUCACUUCUCCACCAAACAGGUCAUCACCAAGAAGUCUGGGGUUGUGCUGCUCAACCCUGUUGUCAAGGACAAGAAAUGGAUCUUGAACCAUGAGGAUGUGGUGCUAGGCGAGCUGCUUGGAAAGGGUAACUUUGGUGAGGUCUUCAAAGGAACCUUGCUGCGCGACAAAACUCCAGUCGCUGUUAAAACUUGUAAAGAAGAUUUACCUCCAGAGCUAAAGAUCCGCUUCCUGUCUGAGGCCAGAAUCCUGAAGCAGUAUGAUCAUCCCAAUAUUGUGAAGCUGAUUGGUGUUUGUACACAGCGGCAGCCGAUCUACAUAGUCAUGGAGCUUGUUCCAGGUGGAGACUUCCUUUCCUUUCUAAGAAAGAAGAAAGAUGAACUGAAAACUAAGCAGCUUCUUCGCUUUGCAGUAGAUGCUGCUGCUGGCAUGUCAUACCUGGAGAGUAAAAACUGCAUCCACAGGGACCUGGCGGCGAGGAACUGUCUAGUUGGAGACAACAGUGUGUUGAAGAUCAGUGAUUUUGGGAUGAGUAGACAGGAAGACGAUGGAGUUUAUUCUUCCUCUGGUCUCAAACAGAUUCCCAUUAAAUGGACCGCACCUGAGGCUCUGAACUAUGGACGUUAUAGCUCAGAGAGUGAUGUGUGGAGUUAUGGCAUCCUGCUGUGGGAAACCUUCAGUCUGGGGGUGUGUCCUUAUCCAGGAAUGACCAAUCAACAGGCGCGGGAACAGGUGGAGAAAGGUUACAGGAUGACAUGUCCUCAGCGUUGUCCUGACGAGGUAUACAAAGUGAUGCAGCGCUGCUGGCAGUACAACCCAGAGGACCGACCCAAGUUCUUGGAGCUGCAGCGAGACCUGGCUGCUAUUAAGAAGAAAUAAACUCAAAACGCCAUCAACAGCCUUUCUUUCUGUCUGGGAGAAGUGGGCAGGUUCUGAGUCUGACUGGACAGGAAGUAAAAUCAUAUUUGAAGUCUUCCUUUCUGUCACACCUACAACAGCUACCUGUGUGGUGUUAUACAAAUGUGCAGGUGUGUACUCACCUCAUAGACUGGAAACUUACGGCAAACCAACACUGGUAAACCAACAUUGUGGUAAACCAAUGCCAAGGUGUAAAUCUAAGGUAAACGAACACUAAAGGUAGUAAACCAACAAAGUGUCAAAAACCAGUGGUACACCAACGCUAAGGAGGCAAACUUGGCAAACCAACGGUAAACCAAUGCUAAGGAGGCAAACCAACGGUAAACCAACGCUAAGGAGGCACACCAAUGCUAAGAUGGCAAACACGUUAAACCAUUGCUAAGGUGGAACACCGACGCUAAGAUGGCAAACCAACGUUAAACCAACCCUAAGGAGGCAAACAAACUAAACCAAUGCUAAGAUGGCACACCGACACUAAGGUGGCAAACACUAAGGAAUCCAACUAAUGCUAAUGUGGCAAACCAAUGAUAAACAAAUGCUAAAGUGGUAAACAAACACUUAAGCUGGCAAAUCAAUGGUACACCAACGCUAAGGAGACAAACCAACACUAUGGUGGCAAACCAACGUGAAACCAGUGCCAAGGUGGUAAACCAACACUAAAGUGGCAAGCAUGAUAAACCAACUCUAGGGUGGUACACCAAUGAAAAUAUGGCAUACCAAUGCUAAGGUGGCAAAGUAAGGUGGUACACACGUUAUACCAAGGCUAAAGUGGCACACCACAGCUACGAUGGAAAACCAACACUAAAGGUAAACUAAUGCUAAUGUGGCAAACUAAUGCUAAUGUGGCAAACCAUUGAGAAACCAAUGCUAAGGUGGUAAAUCAAUGCUAUGGUGGUCGACCCACGUUAAGGUUGCAAACUAAUGCUAUUGUUGAAAACCACUGCUAUCGUGGAAAAUUAAAAAAAAGUUUCUCAAAAUGUAUUUUUCAUUUGUUUACACAUUUUUUGUGGAUAAACAAUUUGAAAAUCACAUUAGUUAUGGACCCCAUCCCCCCCGCACUCCUGGACUCAAAUCAUGGAAACAUAUUUAUGUAAAGCUCCACCCCCUACAUUAUGGCACUAAUGUUUUUGUCAAGGCCCAAAGAGCUUUUUUUUACUUUUAUUUAUCAUAAAUUUAUACAUUUUAUGACGAGCAGCUGCCAGUUGUUUCAGGCCACACCCACUCUGCCACAGAAAGUAGUUUUUGACUUGGUUUAGUUUAUAUUAAAUAUUU